AUGGGGUCCCAAAGGCUUGUUUUUUUUUGUUGUUUUUUUAUUUUUUUGCUCUUACAGCUAAGCUGCCUGCUGGGUAUGGGGCUGGUGAUGGUCUGGGGAGGACUCCGCGCUUGCGGGCGUCAGAAGUGUAGUCGCGAGAGAGAUAUAACUACCGGGCUUGGGAGCUCUAGAUGUCUUACGUCUUUCGAAUCAUUGUCAACCCUACUUCACUUUAGAAUACGACUAGUCUGACUCUACCAUUGUCCUGUCAUGCUUAUUUACGAAACUCUCGUCCAGGCCAGGGGCCUCCUCCGCGACAACGACGGCAGCUCUAAUAGCACCAAGGAUGUCUGCCCAGACAUCUCUCUCGCAGAAGAUGCAUCCCAACCUCUCUUCGGCACCAUGUCCUUCUACGCAUUCAACAGAAUCCUCUCCGGCAGCUUCACCGCCGCAUCAUGUCUCAUCAUCUUCACCCUCAUGAUCCUCCACGCAACGCACCUCAGCAAGAGCAACGAACAAAUCAAAAUCCUGCGAAUCUCACUCAUCAUCCCCUUCUGGUCCAUCAUCUCCUUUCUAUCCAUCUGCUUCCCCACGGCCGAAGUUUACCUCCACCCCUGGCUCGAGUUCGUCCAGUCCAUCUGCCUAGCCACCUUCUUCCUCCUCCUCUGCGAGUUCGUCUCGCCUAGCGAGCAGCAUAGGGACGUCUUCUUCGCCGGCAUGACUGUGAAAAACAAGAAGGCUGCCAAUGGGGAGGAAAAUGGCCUCCAGUGGUAUAGAAAAAUGUGGUUCGCCGUCUUCCAGUACCCGGUCAUCGCCCUGCUCGUCGCCAUCUUGACCGCCAUCACCCAAGCAGCCGGCGUCUACUGCGAGUUCGAGAGCAAGGUGCAUUUUGCUAGGUUAUGGCUGCAAAUCAUCGGCACCGUCUCACUCACCCUCGCCCUCAUGACCGUAAUCCGCUUCUUCAUGCAACUCCGCACCAAACUCUCCCACCACCAACCCCUCGCCAAAUUCUUCGCCUUCAAGCUCGUCGUCACCCUCACCUUUCUCGAAAACAUCAUCUUCUGGAUCCUCAAAGACACAGGCGUCCUAAACCCGACAUCAACACUCACCGACGCCGAUCUCCGCAUCGGCAUCCCCUCCAUGCUCAUCUGCAUCGAGAUGCUGCCCCUCGCCGCCUUCUUCCACUACGCCUACUCGCACCGGCCCUACGUCAUCGGCAGCGGUAACACGCGCCGUCCGUUGGCUGGGGAUUUGGAGGCGUAUGAGCCGCAGACGUACUCUGGUGGGCCGGGUGGGCUGUGGGCGCUGGUGGAGAUGUGGAAUCCGAUGGAGAUUGUGGAGGCGAUUGUGUUUGGGUUGAAGAUGAAGGCCGAGGAGAGGAAGCAGUCGAGGGCGAGGGGUGGGUGGCAGUCGACUAAGUAUCAGUCGGUUGAGUCGCCGUAUGAGAUGGGCAGGAGGUAAAGCCCAAGGAAGAUGAUGGAGGCGGUUUGACGAGCGUCGAUUCCGUGUAUAGAUUGUACAUUUUAUGACAUAUAGACCUUUCCCAGCGAUUGUGGAUACUCUUUAGAAGUUUCUCUAUAUACUCUUUCAUCAC